AUUCGUGGUUCAAUACGAUUUCGGGGAAUUUAUUGAAAAAUCUUACUGGAAUCGUAUUGGAAAGUUUUGUGAAGUGAUGGAGACGACCACACCGUGCCGCUGCUGCCUCCUGCGGCCUCCAGACAAAGACCUGAAGGCUGCUUACACAGCGCUUGGCAAAACUGAGAUCUACUCUGACAUGCUCAAAGAGUGCUUCGAAAUUCAUCUACACAUAGGCACCACGGAGGGAGACAGUGGCAUAUGCGAGGUGUGCAUCACUCGGUUACGUGAUGCGUGCGAAUUCAAGCAACAAGUGCACCGUUGUCAAAAGGACUUCCAACUAAGAGCAGGAGAUUACCAUGUUAAAGAUGAAACGCUUAAAGUAAAAGAGGAAGUAACAUAUCCGGAUGAAACCAACGAAAUUGUUUUCAUGGAGCUAAAAGAAGAGAUGUCGGACUACAAUGAUUACCAGGACGAGGAUGACUGCAAGCUGGCUGAGGUGCUCUGCCUGCGCGACGUCACCGUCAAACGGAAGUCCAGCAAGAGGAGCAAGAAGCGGCUGCUGCUUGGCGAGAAGACUGAUCGCAAAUCGAAGAAGCUGACAAUACCUCGCCUAAGGAGGAUCUCCAAGAUAGAAAUAAAAUCGCCUCUCAAACUAGCUUCGUCUGUGCAACUCGUCAACUUAAGCGAGAAUAAGAAACAUAAAGUUAACAUCGAGAACAUUCUCAAGUACUCCAACUGCACACCGUUUUCCAACAAGAACCUUUCGGGCAUCGUUUGCGCGUAUUGCAAAGAGGCGUACCCUGAUUUGGCAGAACUAAGAACCCACAUACAAACUUCACACAAAAGCUUCGAAUUCGCCGAGAAAUGUCGAGACAAGAGUAAUAUCUCUAUCAAAAUGGACAUAACAGACCUAAAAUGUUGCAUCUGCGAUGCCAAAUUUGAUAUAAUUUCAAACUUGAAGAAGCAUUUAGUAAAAGAACACGACAUUAAAUUUUAUCCAGACGUAAAUGAUUACAUUUUAGAAUUCAAACUAACUCAAUCGGAGACGCUUAAUUGCGCGCUUUGCAACUCGACGUUUGAGACAUUCAAAAUGCUACUGCAGCAUAUGAAUGGACAUUAUAGGAACUAUAUAUGUGAAGUCUGCGAUUUGGGUUUCAUAAACAAACAUAGGUUGAAAAAUCAUCAAAGGACACACGAGAUAGGCGACUUCCAAUGCUCGUUUUGCGAGAAAGUCUUCACGACUCGCGUCAGAAAAAUGUGCCAUGAAAAGUAUACACAUAACACAAACGCUAGGUACACGACAAACUGUCCGCAUUGCAACGAAUCCUUCAACAGUUACUACCAGAGAAACAGACAUAUGUUCAAAGAACACAACACGGUUGCAGCGACGUACAAAUGCAAUAUAUGCGAAAAGAAUUUCAUACUAAAAUCCAAGCUUACAUCUCACAUAAAGAAAGUUCAUUUGAUGGAACGAAAUCAUAUCUGCCCGGAAUGCGGGCAAGGGUUUUUUAUAAAGCAAUCUUUAGACGAACAUAUGAUAAAGCAUAACGGGGAAAGAGUUUUCAAAUGUACCGUUUGUCUCAAAGCGUAUGCUAGAAAGAAAACGCUACGGGAACAUAUGCGGAUUCACAACAACGAUAGAAGAUUCAAGUGUGGUGUAUGCGAUUUGGCGUUUGUCCAAAAGUGUAGUUUGAAGAGUCAUAUGUUGUCGAACCACGGGAUAACUUUGGCCGAGUUCGAGAACGCUAAAGAACUAAGCAGGCCUAUCUCUGUGACGUAACACUAAAAAAAUAUAUUCUAAAACUUAAGCAUAUUCUAAUAUGUUAACUCGAUACUUUCUCUCGACUACGAGCCACAGAGGCGGCUAAUCAGCUCGCGACACCAAACGCUUCAGAUUUCCCUCGAUCAGCGCUUAUCGCUAUCGACCUACUCUCUCUCUUUAUUUAAGAGCUGCGCUCUUGUCGGUGGAGUAAUCGCUAUUCCUCUCUUCUUCCCGCCAAAUCCUUCACCUCCUGAUACGACACGACCUGCACCUUUUCUUUUGUUUCAUAAAUGUUCUCCUAGGUCUACCCCUACCACCGACCCACUAGGGUCGAUUAAUUCUUUCAAAUAUUUUUCCUCUCAGACGACGCCCUGAGCCGAGGUUCACGCGCAACUGGGCACCCUCAGGCCUGUUGUCUUAAACGUUGUACCGGAGAGCCUUCAACGCUCCCCAUUUGUCCGGCCAAGUAGUUAAUGCCAUCUGCGGGAAAUCUACAACAAGGCAUAAAAAAAAAUCUCUCGACUUGGCCUCAACUAAGGAAAGGAUUUUGUUAUUUUAAUUCAUAAUCAAUAAUUUAUUUGCAAGAACACAAAGAAAAAAUAAUAAUAAUAAUAAAAAUAAUUUUAAUUUAGUUUUUUAAUUUACAAAAUUUUAAAUUGAUAUUUACAUCCUCGACUUGAGUACUACUCACUGGGGUCGAGCAUAUCAUACUGCCAACAUAAUAAAAUAAUACCCAGUGAUGGAUUCGAGGAAGUUUCGAGUUAACAUCUCAGAAUACGGCUGUCAGUGAGAACAUUUAAAGCAAUACAAUUUAAUGCCUUAAUAUCAUCUCAGCGUUAUUCUUACGAGGUACUCUUAAACUGUAAGGCUGACAUGCGUAACGUGAUAAAGUUUUGUCACGGUCAAUUUAUCGAUUCUGACGAUAUAAUUAUGUCGAUUGUUACACACUUGUUAGGGAAAAAAACAAACUUAUCCUUAUUAUUAUUUAUAGCCCUCAAUGUCCCACUGCAGGGCAAAGGCCUCUCUUCCCUUCUAUCACUCCUCCCUGUCCCCAGCUUGUUCGUGCUAGCGUUUCAAACAUAUUUAUUGAAUCGAUCGAUAAUUUUAUCACGAUGCGCGUGUUAGCCCCACUAGACUUUUUUCUUUUUGAAAAUAUCCACUUAGAACUUAUGUACUUAGGUCGCCAAAAUACGUAAGCUUAAACUGGAUAUUUGCAAAAAGAUAGAAGAUUCUGGAAUAUUUUUGCGUCAACUACAAUGAUGUCGAUCACCGGUGUUCGAUGACCGAAAAAUGUUUUUAAACAGAUGCUUCCAAGUUUAAAAUGAUUUCAAAAAUAGUCUCAAAAAAAAAAACUAAUGUUUCAUAUUUAUAAUGUAUUUAUAAUGUAUAUAGGUGUUAGUGACUCGUAACGAAAAUUUGACGGAUGAUGCCGGCCAUGAUUCUGAGUUGAUAUCAAGUGGUAUAAAAAAGUAUAAAACUAAAAAAACACUUCUGACAGGAAAUUCCACUUGAUAUCAACUCAGAAUCAUGGUUUAAAUCAUCCCCUUCAUUAUUGGUUACGGUGUCACUAACACCCAUACGUACUUGUAUGACUACCUGUAUGUACCUACUUUUAUGGGGUGUAAGUGACAUCGUAACAAAUACUGAGAGGAGUGACUCAGCUGAUUAUUCUGACUUAAUAUCAAGUGGAAUUUUCCAUCGCAAAAGUAUAGAAUUGAAAAUAAUUUAAAAAAUAUUUAAAAAAAAUCGUGAAUUUUGCGACGGAAAAUUCAACUUGAUAUUAACUCAGAAUCAUGGUCUGAAUCAUCCCCCUUAGUAUUCGUUACGAUGUCACUAACAC